CGGACAGAAAUCUAGGUAAUCGUGUCGUGCUUUUUUCUCCCAAAUCCCUCCGGAAUUCCUCUGUAUACUUUCAUGUGAAGAAAUCACCGAAAGAAAAAUCAGAAAAAAAACAGGGAGAGAGAGAAUGAAGGCUAGUAAUGCUAAGCUUAUAGUUUUUCACCCAUCUCUUCACAAGCAAGGAUCAGGAACAAUUACUGCUUCACCUCGCAUUUGGUUUCUUGUUUUCCUUUCCUUUUUCACUUUUGCUUUUGCACUUACUUUCUUCACUGCUAAGGAUGCGAUACCCAUCGCGAAAACAGGCACGGAUACCGCCGCCGGUAGCUCUCCGGUGCCGGCGACUGUAUUUAACGCGCUUCUUCAUUAUGCUUCUUUGAACUCGUCUACUGUUUCUUCCCGCAUGUCGGCGGUGGAGCUGAAGACGAUCGCUAAUGUGCUCCGCCGUUGUAAAGCUCCUUGUAAUUUCCUUGUUUUUGGUCUUACUCACGAAACCCUUUUGUGGCAUUCGCUCAAUCACAAAGGGCGUACGGUUUUUGUUGACGAAAGUGCUUAUUUGGUAUCUAAGUUAGAAGAGAAGCACCCGGAAAUUGAAGCUUACGAUGUUCAAUUCACGACUAAAGUUAGUGAAUUGCACGAUUUGUUGGAUUACACGAAAGAGCAGCUCAGAGGGGAGUGCCGGCCUGUGCAGAAUCUUCUAUUUUCCGACUGUAAAUUGGGGAUAAAUGACCUACCCAAUCACAUAUACGAUGUGCCGUGGGAUGUCAUUUUGAUAGACGGGCCACGUGGGUUUUCCUCUGCCGCUCCGGGACGGAUGACGGCUAUAUUUACCGCCGGCGUUUUUGCCCGGAGCAAGAGAGGUAAUUCCGACAAAACCCAUGUUUUCGUUCACGAAAUCGACAGAAAUGUAGAGAAAAUCUGCAGUGAAGAGUUCUUGUGCAGUGAGAAUUUGGUGGAAACGAAAGAAUUGUUGGGGCAUUUCGUGGUGGAAAAGAUGGAAGCUAAUAGGUUUGAGUUUUGCUCAGUCUUUGAUCCUUCUUCAUCUCCCACAACAUCAUCAUCUUCUUCUGUUUGAGCCUAAAAUAAAAACACGAAGCCAAUGUCUUUUUCUUUUUCAUCCAGUUUAUAGAUAUGAGUAAUCUGUAAUAUUUCAUAGGUUUUUCAAGUGUGAAAUAUUUAGAAGCUAAAGCAAUGAUGAACUCAAAUAUUGCUUUUC